AUGAACACUAUUCCCACCUCAUUCUCCCCAACCGACGACAUCUCCACCGUCCUCACCGAACUAACCACCCAAGCAUCCGCCGUCCUAGCCAGUAUCCCCGUGGUACAAAAAGCACAUGCCGCAUACAGAUCGAUAUCGGACCCGGAAGUAAAAGGCCAACUGGCGAUAAUGUUGCGAAAGCAUGGCGUCGUAAUGGAAACAGUUCUAGAAACCAUCAAGCUCAACGCCAACCUCAUUAACGAAGAGCGACUGGAAGCAUGGGCGGACUCUGCAGAAAGCGCCGCAGAAAUGCAGAGCAGACGGAAGCGCCUGCAGACUUUGUGUGAAGAGAUGGAGAAGCUGGGGAAGGCGAUGGUGGAGCUGAGGAACGAGUUGGACAGAUGCGAAUUGGAUAAGGGUGACGAGACCGACCAGUAUUCUCAGAGUGAAUCUUCGUACAGACCUUAA